AAAAAAAAAAAAAAAAAAAGAAAAGAAGAUGAUCUGGGAUUAUUAUUACUUAAUGAUUCUUAUUAUUAUUUGGGGUAACAGUAAUAUAAUGUAGAUGGGUGACUUUGUACACAGACAAAAUUAAUUGCUAAGACCUGACCUUGCCUCGACCUGCACCUGCCCCCACCCCCACCCCCAUUUUAUGGAUAUAGUCUAAGCACGGUCCUGCUAUUGGUGACGUUAAAUCUUUAAUUACAGAGGGGUCUUCAUGACCUUGUCGUUCAGUGUACUUCCAUCACGCAAUGAAUAACCUUUCAAAAAAAAAAAAAAGAAGAAGAAGAAGAAGAAGAAAAAAAAAAGCCCAGAAGAGUUCCUGCGGUAACAGUCGUGCCCGCGCGCGCGCGUCUCCGCCGACUGGGACAGGGUGAAGGGAUCUGAGCGGUGACAAUGGCCCCGUGUCGGCUGCUCGACAGAUAGCGGGGUGUGUUCUGCAGAAGGGUCGGAUUACGCCACUCUGGAAGUGUAAUUCGCUACCACAAAGCGCCAGAAUUGCCGACACAUGCUCCGCAUGUUAUUAGUAUCAAUAUGGAAGAUCGGGUUGCAGACGGCUCGGCUUACAAGUCAAUACGCUGCGAGUUGAACCAGUAUCGUAUACCGAAGCCCUACCAAAUCGACUAGACAGUCGGAGCAACAGCAGUAGCUCUCGUUCACCAGCUUCCAUUUGGGAUUUUGUGUUUUCCCCCUGACUUCUUCUUCUUCACCAUGGAGAGUGAAAAAGAAAAUAACAACAACAACAACAACAACAACAACAACAGCCCUGAUACCAACACUUCGGACUCGGAAUCUUUGCGAGUUCCCAAAAUUAAGCAGGAGCCUGAUGAUGAAUUUAAGGACUAUGCUAAAGACAUGAUGAAGGAGAUGCUGGGGUGGUACGGCUACGACACCAAAGUCGACAACCGCGAGACGGAGACGCCAAAGGAAGAGAGGUAUCAGCUGGCGCCAGUCGACGACGGCAGUAGCGGGGUCGGCGAACUACCUCGAGACUGCGCCAGUACAGACGGCAGCGAGACCGACCACAUGUCUCGUGACAGCGACAACGGCAGACAAAGCUUGAAUGGUGAGACAGCACUAGCAGCCAAACAUCGAAAUUUGGUGUCUCUCAUCAACAAACGAGAUGCCCAAGAUCUGUUAGACUCUACGUCGCCAAUUCCAAUCAUUAUCUGUGCUUGGUGUCAGAAGAAUGGAUCAAAACUCUUUACCCUGAAGACUGCAUCCGGAAACAAGGCGUUUUGCAGCGAACUGUGUUUUAACCAGUGUCGGCGAGCCUCCUUCAAAAAGAACAAGAUCUGUGACUUCUGCAAGCACGUCAGACCUACAGUCAAUUAUGUGGAGUUCCAAGAAGGAGAAGUCCAGCUGCAGUUCUGCAGCAAGAAAUGCUUAGGACAGUACAAGAUGAAAAUAUUCAGUGAAACAAUUCGAAAUGCCAACAAAGGCGGCGAUGUUCCCCAGUCUCUUUCUCGCGAGAUGACAGAUCGGCAGAUUCUGAUCACACCUGACCUCUGGCUGAUGGAUGGCAAAGACAGGAACUCGACAGACAAUGACAAAAGGACAAAUUCUGAAGACAGUGGUGAACAGAGCCGUCAUAGACACAUUGGUGAUAGGAGGAGUUCAUUGUACAGAAAGCCGGGAAUGUCUGCUAAAGAACGGUAUGCCAAAGAUGAAGAGAAUAUUCAACAAGCAAUACGUGAAUCGAAAGAAAUGUGUUCGUCUAGUCCUUCAAAUAAAAGCAAAAUGUCACCGAUUAAAAUGCCAGUGACUCCUGUCUCAUUUACUCCCGAACACAUGAUGAGGUUUCCUCCACCUGCAGGAGGCAUGCCUCCCAGAUCUCUGAAUCCUCUUUUGAUGUCAUCGCUCUUUGGUCCUCAGAUUGCGGAAUUUGAUGCUUCUGCACACGAUCACCACGGUUUUGUAAAAGCAGCUAAAGAGAAACUCUCACGAAAACAUGUUGGAAUCCCAACAUCGUCACCAGAAACGUCGCCAUCCUCAUCGGAAACAUCUCCUAAUACGUUUAGCUUGUCUGCACCUUCCACCACGGCUUCAUCACAAAUACACGGAUCUGCUUUUCCACAAAUGUUUAAUCCAGCCAUGUUUCCCUUUGGCGUGGCGCCCUUUUCCAUGCCUCCAAUGAUGCCUGGAGAGCCGACAGUCCCUGGAGCACCAUUUUGGACACACAUGAACUUACUGGGCCCUGGACCGGGUACUUUUCCUCCAGGACCAGGGGCAGGGUUUUUCCCACAGUGUAGUGGAGUGCCCCCGGUCACUGUGAUGGUUCCAUUUCCAGUCAUUCUUCCUGUGCCAGUUCCUAUCCCAAUACCAUUACCAAUAACAAAAGAAAAACUAGAGAAGUUUUAUGCUGAAAAGAAAGCUUCAGCGGUUAAAAAUAACCAGGAUACCGAGACCGUGUACGGGGACUCUGAUAGGUGUGUGUCGUCGAACCCUUCGUUAGACGAAGUUUCUGAAAACCCCGUGAUACAUCUCCCUCAACAUUGCGUUGCUAAGGGCUGCUUGGAAUGCGCCGACUGCCAGGACAAGCAGCGGGCAGAAUCAGCAGACCUAGUUCUGCACAUCAGACGAAAGCGGGCAGGAAUAAGCGUUCUGGACUCCACCUACUCUAUUAAAAGAGCUUCUACGCCAACAGCAAGCAUGGAGCAAUCGUACUCUAACUACACCACGUUGGGCAAAAAGGCGAAAUUUGAACCAAGAAGUGACAGCGAUGGAGCAAUAGACCUGUCCGUGGACAGCACCACCCAAAAUCGAGAGGCUUUCGGCAAAGACAGUCAUGUGGUUUCUUCCAGUGAUGACCGGAUGUCGGCCGAGUCUCACGAAGUGGACUCCAGAGGAGAUCCUCUGAAGAUGACUCUGAAGGUUCCUCGAAUCCACAUCGUCUCAACCGUCAGCGAUCCUCCUCUGACGCAGCAGCUGCCGUUACCGCCAACUGAGCAUGCGUACUCGCUCAGGAGAAGUCUCAUCCUCGAUGCCCCUGCUCCUCCAAAGAAAGCUCCCAGUCCUUUUCAAGAGAGGCCAUACGUGCGGAGUAUUCCCAGAGACAUGUUAGAGGCUGCGAGACGGAGAGCCAGAAUCAGAACGAAGUGAACUGUCAAUGUGCUGCUCCUUAUUAUUUCUCUCCUCCUGUUCCCCUGUUCCUCCGCUGUCUUCUUUUCCUCUUUCUCCUCUCCUCAUUCUCCUUUUCCUUCUUCUCCUUCUUUGCUUUGUGGUUUACUGGGUAAAUUAUUUAUAUAUUGGUAAUAUGUAUAUGUGUACUUUAAAGAUAUCACUGAAUACUGUGUAUAAAACGUAGGUACCAGUGUCAUGAAAGGGGCUGUUCAACAAGUACCUAACCUUUGGUGGUCGUAGGCUGCGUAACAAAUGUUAAGAUGGAGUGAGAUAGUAUUACAUGUACUAGUCAAAUCAUGUGACUUUUUAUUGUUCUCACCUUUAAUAUAAAGUCGAUUUGUUCUACUUCAGAUGGUAAUUGUACAUUUGUGCGGAAAGUAUUGGUCAAAUUCGUCAGUCACAAUGAAACGAAUGGCUGACAAGCGUUGUGUAAUUUUUAAGGGGAUACUAGUGUUACGAAACUGUUAAACAGCCCCGAAACGAUUUGUAUAAAAUAUUUCAGUGUAUAAAUGUGGUUGUCAAGAAGUGACUUUAAAUAUGUAGAUAAUGAAAUAAGAGUUGGUAUCUUUAAUUUGUUAUUAGAUCUGUAUAUUUCUGCAUUUUCGUUUUGUAACGUUAAUAUUUGAUACCGUCGUGUUACUUAAGAAGUGAACCGUGUCCUAUAGCGUUGUGUCGGGUUAUUAUAGCAGCGUUUUCUGUCUCUAAACUCGCUGACAUUUCAUCGUUUAAUAUUUACUUUUUAGUCAGAACUUGAAUAUUAUAAUGUACUUAUAUCUCAAAGUUGUGAAUGUGCUUCGUUAAUUACUCGUUAAUUACUGUACAAUUUUUCAUAUUGGAUUUCAUCGGUGAUUAUGGCUGUAUUUUCUAAUUUCAUUGUUAGUUUCUGCCUAUUUUGUGAUAUAAAAUAUACCCUCGUCCUUCCAAUCACACCCAAACGCACACCCAAGCACACGCACACACAUCAUCGCUUUGGGCCAAUCCUGGAUCUGGUACUGCACUUUCGUCAACGUGUCGUAAUAGCACCUGCAUUGCUUUUAUGUCCGCAGUAAGAAGUAGCUGAUUGAAGAGUUGCCUGUGGUUGGUGAAUACCUCGAUAAAUACCUUGGUUUUGUUAUUGUCGGCCUCUUAUUAAAAUACUAGCCGUCAUCCGACGCACUGGUCAAUGUGAUUGCGGUUUACGCAUGUAGGUCCAUAAUGGAUGUGCUUGAUUGAACAUACAAUGACAGAGCUCUAAGUCAAAGCUGGAAGUCGCUAUAUACCGAACAACAAAAGAAACGCAAUUAUUAAUUUAGUUCUCAUUAUUCAGUUUGAAUUCUAUUAGUUUUUGUGAGUAUUAAAAUUACCAAUAGCUUGUGUACAUUAAAGGCCCACCAACUUUGACAGUCUGUUUUCCGAAUUAAUUGUAUUAUGACAAAAAAAAAAUAUCUAUAUUUUAAAAUAUGUGUGUUUCUUUUGUUGUUAAAUAUAUUAAGAUAUGGGUUUUGUUGGGUUUUUCUGUUUUAUGCACCUACCCC